AUGGAUGGAACUAUCCUUAAUACGGAAGAUAUAUAUACAGAAUGUACCACAGAAUUAUUGGAUGAUUUUGGAAAAGGUCCAUUGACGUGGGACGUAAAGAUUAGAUUACAAGGAAGACCUGGCCCUGAGGCCGUUAAAAUCAUCAUUGAAGAGUACAAUUUAUCAUUAACCCCUGAAGAAUUUUCUCAAUUAGCCAUCAAAAAACAAGAGAACAAGUGGCAUCAUUCCAAAUUCUUACCGGGUGCGUUAGAAUUGUUGCAGUAUUUGUAUGAUAGUUCAAUUCCUAUUGCUCUUGGGACAAGUUCUAAUACAUUCAAUUUUAAUAGAAAGACGGCACAUUUGCAGGAUGGUUUUAAACUAUUUGGUCCGCAUAUUGUGACUGGAGAUGAUGAGAGAAUUCCACCUGGAAGAGGAAAGCCACACCCCGAUAUUUGGUUUGCAUGUUUGGAUAGUCUCAAUAAAGAAAGGCAAGAGCAAGGUUUAGAUCCUGUCUUAAUAGAGGAAUGUCUUAUAUUUGAAGAUGGUAUACCAGGUGUGAAAUCAGGUAUUGCUGCAAACUCGUACGUUAUCUGGAUUCCAAAUGAACAGGCACUUAAAGUUUUAGAUGGAGAAGAAGAACUUGUUAUUGGUGAUGGUGGUGAAAUAUUAAAAAGUCUUGUCCACUUUGAUAAGUCAAAAUUUUCUCUAUAG